AUGAAGCUGCAAACUGCCCUUCUGUUGAUUUGUCUAUUUAUGACAACUUUUGCUCUGCCAUUGCAGAUUGGAAUUCUUGCAAGCAACAGCAAUGAGAUCCUGAGGGUGAAUGGACUAACUUUUGGAGGACAAACACAGAUGUUAUCUCCGUAUGUGCUGCAGCAGCAGCCUGAGGUGUUGCUCACUCCACAGUUCGUGAACUUUAACCCACAGGUGGCUGGUCCUUUAGGUCCCCAGGGGCCCCAGCUACUGUUUCCCAAUCAGGGCAACCAGCUAACCCCUGUGGUUGUCCCCAACGGCCAGCAGGAGCAGUUUGGGCCUCCACAGGACCCCAAUGCUCCUAAUGUCCAUCAGCAGGCCCAAAACCCUGUGGAAAUGUUUCCACAGUAUCAGUACUCUCCUUAUGGAUAUCCUCAGUUUUCCAGGCAGCAGGGAUUCACUUACUAUGUGGCUCCAUACGGCUAUCCCCAGCAGAGGAAUCCUGGGGUACUGCCGCCCAACAACGGUCAGCAGAACCUGGAGAGACCCACACAGAGACCACAGCUCCCUCUGCAGCAGGCGUCCCAGCCUAAGGUGCAGACAGACAAAAAGGAGUCCACUACAAUUCCUCCUGCUCCUCGUGGUGACACAUCUGGCCCUGGGGUUGAUGAGGGUAACUCUAACUUCCCCUUCCUAUUCGAGCCUUAG